AUGGCCCAACAACAGCAAAACGGCGAGCCCGUCAUGCGCAGGAAGCUAGUCAUUAUUGGCGACGGUGCCUGCGGCAAGACCAGUCUCCUGAGCGUCUUCACCUUGGGUUACUUUCCAACCCGGUAUGUCCCAACAGUUUUUGAAAACUACGUCACCGACUGCAGAGUAGACGGCAAGUCCGUUCAGCUGGCCCUGUGGGAUACCGCUGGCCAAGAAGAUUACGAGCGUCUGCGCCCUCUUGCAUACAGCAAAGCACACGUUAUCCUCAUUGGCUUCUCGGUCGACUCGCCCGACUCCCUCGACAAUGUCAAGCACAAAUGGGCCGAAGAGGCCCGUGAACGCUGUCCCACGGUUCCCAUUAUCCUCGUCGGCCUGAAAAAGGAUCUCCGCGAUGACCCCUUGGCCCAGGAAGAGAUGCGCAAAAAGUCGCUACGCUUCACAACCACCAAGCAGGGUAGUGACAUGAAGGACAUGAUUGGCGCCCGCAAAUACCUCGAGUGCAGCUCUCUAACCGGCGACGGCGUCGACGACGUCUUUGAAGCCGCUACCCGUGCCGCUCUUCUUUCUGUCGACAAGAAGGAAAACCCAGGAUGCGGAUGCGUCGUUUUAUAA